UAGAGAGAGAGAGAGAGAAGGGAGUCUAAAUUUUUUAUUGUUUGAAUCUGUUUAUAAUGUGUAGUAAUAGUAUGUUCUUGUCUCUGUUGUAUUCUAUGAGAACUGAUUCUUUGGAACACCUUGUAAAAGUUUCUUGUAAAUACUAGUAUCUGUGUUAUCUUGAAAUCGAGUAUCUUUGUUAUUUAUUUGGUUUUGGUCAAUUUGUUUUCCUAAUUAUUAUGUAUUACUGAUUACAAAUAAUGUUUUUUUUAAAAGAAACUACGGGCAAAUAUAAAAGUAUCCGUAGAAACUAAAAUAAAGAAUAGUUGCGAAAAACAGACAGAUAAUUAGUGGUAAAACAGAAAAUCCUAUAUAACUGCUACUAGUAACUAACUCAAAAUGCAACUCUGUUAACAUCAGUCGCUCUUCUUCUUCUUCCUUUUCUUCGCUUCAUCCCCAAGAUACAACCAAUUCUUCUUCCUUCUUUCGAUUAAGUUUCAUCAUGGCUUCUGCUGAAUAUUUACGGAUCAGAAACGAACUGAUGGGAGCAGGAGACGAGCUGAUACUCUCACGUUAUCUGAAGCCGAUGAUCGAUGAGGGAGCAUCCUGGCCACAACACUUCGACGAAGACUCAGACGUGUUCAACAAGAAUCCAAGCGCAAUAUCCAACACUCUCUUCGUGAUCGUUAAACCCCGAACAGAGACGUGUGGUAAAACCGACGGAUGUGAGUAUGGUAGCUGGAGGACCAUGGCAGGUGAUAAACUGAUCAAGAACGAGGAGACAGGGAAGCUUCUAGGGUUCAAGAAGAUUCUCAAGUUCUGCCUAAAGAAGACGAAGACGAGAGGCAGAGAGUACAAGAGAAGCUGGGUUAUGGAAGAGUAUAGACUUGCGAGUAAAUGGAACCCUAAGCAAGAUCACGUGAUCUGCAAGAUUCGGCUUUUGUUCCAAACCGAAAUAGGUUUCUUGCUAUCCAAGCAUUUCUCGUAUUCAUCUGGUCCGCUUCCCGCAACACGAUCGUUGCCAUCUUAUGGAUACCGUUUACGUAAUGGAGGAGAGGUGGGUGCAUACCUGCAGAACUUGAUCGGUUACGGAAACGAAUGGCCUAGCUACGUUACCAACGACGUGUACCGCAUGCAUCCAACGGCGCUUGUGGAUCCUCAUCAAGAUAAGCUGUUUAAACGGUUUGGACUCUGCUUCUUCGCUAACCGGACAGAGGACUGUGGUUAUACCGAUGGAGGAUGUGAUAGCGGUCGCUGGAGGAUCAUGGAGGGUGAUAAACCCAUCUCUUCGAUCGUGGUCAGGGGUGAGAGUACUUUUGGUUACAAGAGGGUUUUCAAGUUUUGCGAAGAGGGUGAUAAACCCAGAUACGGCUAUACUGAUCCCAACGGACAAGCUGUGUUCCUGACUUGGAUUAUGGAAGAGUAUAGGCUUGCCCAAGAGGUCAUGAAGGAUAAAGUGUUGUGCGUUAUCAAGCUUCUUCCGAGGUAAAUAGCCAUUGAUCAUGAUUCAUGAGCCCCUCUGUAUUCUAACUAUGAUAUAGUUUCUUAAUUCUCUAGCUGCUCGAUUUGGUUUAGACAUUUGUGGUUACAAUUUCUUUUACACACUAGAACGCCAAUCGUAUAAAGACAACAAUAUUAGCAGCAUCGUCACAAAUGAUUUGUCUUCUGAAGUUUAUUCUCUGCCAACAAAAGUUUCACGAAACUAUAUAUAAGAAUUAAGAACUAAGACAGACACCAGUAACGUACCUUGUGAAGUAACCGUGUUCAGACGAUGCAAGGCCACUCAAAUAAAUUUAGAUCUCUUGCUGGAUCUUCAGCAAGCACCAAUAGUUUCUUAAAGUACAGAGCCUUUUGAAACUGGGGGAGGGGCAGUGCAUAUCCAAAUCCUGCGGAAAAAAAAAACUCAAUAUGCCACACAUCAUGUGUACUCAUGUAGGGAUAGUGUUUUUUUAUGAUUUAGUUGCUUCCCAAAAUCAAACAUGGCAAUGGCAGAAAAUAUUGCACUGGCUAAUAGUAAUAUGCUUCUCUCAACGUCCCAAUGAUUAACGCUAAUUGCCACAAUUCAAGAAGAUGAGUAAACCGUGAACAAGCGUGAUUUUUGCGUGGAGAAUCAUGACUAAGAGCCACUGGCUCAUAAUCUUGGCAAGAGAAGAUCAAUAUGGGUGUUGGACAUACACUCACAUAAAUAAUACUUUACUUACCUUUAUGUUUUGGACGAUUAGUUCUGUAAUUAUUUUUUGAAGGUUGUUGCUUUGUCGUUGAUUGUUUGAGAUUUGUUUCUUUUGAAUGUAAUCUAUAGUUUGUAGAGAGAUGUGUACUAGUAUUGAAACCAUAUUAAAAAAGAUGUCCUAUAUAUUAAUUGAGAAACAUUACAACUUCUUUUGUAGCCAGU